AUGGCCCCGGUCGCUGUUCACGAUGACCGGAUGCCACAGUCGUCCAACGACACUGCGUCCUCUUCGUCCUCGUCAACGCCGUAUCAGCCUCUCGAACAUGUCCCCGUCCAUGUCGCCACUGACUUUCCCAAGCCCAAGCCCGUGCCGAAGCUCGCCUACCGCUCUUCCACCUAUUACAACUCGGACUGCCCCAUCGUAAUCGACAAUGGCUCCAGCGAGCUUCGCGCCGGGUUUGCGCUCUCGGAUGCCACCGAUCCAUCCACCUUCUCCCAGCAGCCAUUUGUUGCCUACGACAACUUGAUCUCCAAAGUGCGCGACCGCAAGAAGAGCUACACCAUGCUUUUGGUGGGAAACGACGUAUACGCCGACGGUCUUUCACGCAGCUCCAUCCGCAGCCCUUUUGACAGCGACGUCGUCACAGGCUGGGACGCCAUGGAAAUCGUCCUCGACUAUACAUUUUCAAACCUCGGCAUCGACACGGAUAGAGUACAGCAUCCUAUCUGCAUGACCGAAACGCUCUGUAAUCCGGCGUACAGCAGAGGUAUUAUGAAUGAGCUCAUGUUCGAAGCAUACCAGGUCCCCUCGGUCAACUACGGUGUCGACUGCCUGUUUUCGGCGUACCAGAACGACGUCGGUCCGGACGCGCUCGUCGUCUCUUCCGGUCGUUCCAGCACCGUCGUCAUUCCCACUGUUGCCGGCAAGGGGAUCCUGACCAACUCGAAGCGCCUCGCAUGGGGCGGUGCGCAAGCCUCCGAUCUUUUGCUGCGUUUGAUACAGCUCAAGUAUCCUGGCUUCCCUACGCGCGUCACGCCCUGGCAGGCGCAGAACAUGCUCGAAGAGCUCUGCUACGUCUCAUCCGACUAUGCUUCCGAUAUCAAGGGCAUGGCGAUGAUGCCUGCCUCUCACAAGACCUAUGCGCCGUCCACAUGGACACUUAUGGAGCGAUCCGACGUGAUCGUCCAGUUCCCCUAUCAGGAUGCGCUGCCCGAGCAGAAGUCUGAAGAGGAGCUGCGCGCACAGGCAGAGCGUCGCAAGGCGGCCGGCGACCGCCUGCGCGAGCAGACACGCAAGAUGCGGCUGGAAAAGAUGAUGCAGAAGGAAAACGACCUCAAGUACUACCAGCAGCUGCGCGAUUUCAAGGGCAAGGAACGCAAAGCAGAAUACCUCAAGCGGCUUGAAAACGACGGGUUUGACAACGAGGGCGCGCUCGAUAAGAUGAUCAACAAGAUCGAGGGCGCCUUGAAGCGAUUCCGCGCCAAGGAGCUGGGCGAGGAGUACAUCGAGGAUGAAAAGCAGGAGGAGCCGACGUUCCCGUUGAUCGACGUGCCCGAUGCUGAUCUCGACGAGGAAGGCAUCAAAGAGAAGCGCAAGCAGAAGCUGAUGAAGGCUGGCUAUGAUGCUCGACUGCGUGCCAAGGCGGAAAAGGCCGAGGAGAAGCGAUUGGAGGAGGAAGCGCUGAAGCGCGACGAGGACGAACGAAUCAACAACCCGAGAGUGUGGUCGGCCAAGAUGAGGAAGGAGUACGACGACGCCAUCAACCGCAUCAAGGAGCGCAAGCGCAUGAAGGAGAUGCUCUCGGAUCGCAAGUCGUUGGCGGCGCAGCAGAGGAUGAAGAAUAUCACUGCGCUCGCCUCGGAUGCGCCGGGGAGUGGCAGUGCUACGCCUACGGGCGGACGAAAGCGAAAGAAAGGUGGCGAUGAGGAUACGUUUGGCGCCAACGACGACGACUGGGCCAUCUACCGCGAGAUCCAAAACGCCGAUGAUUCGGAAGAGGAGGAAGACGCGUACAACAGUCUCUCUGCUAUCGAGACGCGCCUGCUCACGCUCGACCCGACGUUCGGACCGGACGACACGUACGCCGCCCGCCUGGCUCGCAAGAACCGUCUGACGCUCACGUUCUUCAACGGACCCGGCGGAGGCGAGGAAGCGUCGAUCGCGCCUACGGUCGGUCUCGCUGCCAAAGACACCGACGCCUCUGCGGACCCCAACAAACCAGAUACGGAUCCGGAGUCGAUCAAGCGGCAGCACCAGCUGCACCUCAAUGUGGAGCGCAUCCGCGUGCCCGAGGUGCUGUGGCAGCCGUCGAUUGCCGGGCUGGACCAGGCCGGGCUCGACGAGAUCUGCUCGCACGUCGUGCACUCGUUCGACGCCGACGUGCGCGCACGCAUGCUCCAGAACAUCUUUGUCACCGGACGGCACACGGGUUACAAGGGUUUCGAGCAGAGACUCUACUCGAGCAUCCGCGCGAUCCAGCCGAGCAGCGUGCUGGUCAAGGUCAAGCCGGCGAGCGAUCGCAGGUUUGACGCGUGGAAGGGCGCCGCGCGGUGGAGUGUCGCCGAGGCCGACACGUUCAGAAGCACCGCCAUUACCCGGCAGGACUAUGAGGAGAAGGGCAAGGAGUGGUUCAAGGAGCAUGCGCUGAGUGCGAACUGGAAAUGA